AUCCAAAUAAGGAAGACCUUGAAUAAAAGUGAAACAAUGAAGCGAAGCGAUACAACAGUUCCGGUUCGGUUAUUUUUACAGAUAGACUGAUACUUCACUUGUGUGUUUAUGAAUUUGUGAAAUCUCCAUAUUCACUAGAAAAUCAUGUCGUAUUGUCGAUUACUUCUACUUUAUUUUCUGUUAUAUUUAAGUGCUCCGUUUCGUGUAAAUGCAACGUCUAGUCAUAGCAAUGCGAUAUCAUCGAAUAAUUUGGGACAUUUGGAGCAUAUCGACUCUGUUGGGUCGAGCACAGGUAACAAUGGAUCCAAAGGAAAGUUCACUGAAGGUUUGGGGUUUGAACCGGGUGAUCCUGCGCCUGCAUUUCAAGUGCAAACUCUGUCCGGAGUGUUCGUUUAUCCUGAGAAAGUGUCGAGAUCCGCUCUUAUCAUUCAUGCAUUUACGAAUAAAUCCGCUUUUCUGGAGUGUCUGUGGACGUGGAACGAGUCUCUGUCUGAUCUGCUGGAGUAUCUGCCGUCCAGCGCUCAGGUUCUGUUCCUCUCACUGGAUGACACUGCAGCACAGGACGCGCUCUGGAUGAGGGAGCAAGUGUACAGAGCAACAGCGCACAGGAGCAAAGAGAUCUUGUCCAGAUUGCAUUUCUCCCCGACACCUGUGUACGCGCUUGGUAACUGGAUACCCCGAGUUCUGUACUCAUGGGGAUGUGGAGGACACAACUGCGGCCUUGCUCAGGUGCUUUUCACCUCACCAGAAUGGAUCAUACCAGUGAUCACCAAGCGUCUGAAUGCCAGAUAUGACUGGUUGAAUGGACGCUGGGGUGCAGAUCCAUACAAACUGUUGGAUGCAGGUAACGGCUGUGAACCAGUCACCUCUGUCAAAGGAGCUGUUGCCUGGAUAUCUGAAGGUGGCUGUUCUUUCUUUACUAAGAUUAAAAACAUGGCUGAAUCCAACGCUACCGGGGUUCUGGUGUACGCCUUGCCUGGGAGUCCCAUACAGGACAUGAACUGCUUAGGGGACGAAUGUACCACUUCACUGAACAUACCUGCGUCUAUGGUCCAUAUAGAACCCACUGUCAUACAAGCUCUACGAAAGGGGCAGGUGGUGAAUGUGACAUUCCAGCUCACACCUUCUCCAAACUUCUUCUUUGCAAUCAACCAGCAGGGGGCGCUGGCUGAGAUGGGUUGGUGUCUCUAUCCAACCUUCAGAUUCAUGGCCUGGCAAGCUCAGUGGUUUAUAUUCAAUGAGGGUUUGCAGGAGCAGUUGAGACGGCCUGCCAGUGUAGUUCCAGUGUUUGAUCGUCAUCUGAUGCACGGCGAGGAGGGAGCUCAGGCAGUGGUGGAUCUUCCUAGAGACAUGUUGGAUUAUGAUGUUCUGGAGUUGGACGCGUCCCUGUCCUGUCCAGGCCGCAGGGAUGAGACAUGUGCUCAUUGGGAUCACACCGUACAGCUCUUUGUAUGCUGCGAUCGUGUCAGCCCAUACUGUAACCUGGAGCUCGGCCGCUGGAUCACGGCCUUCCGCAGAGGUACAGGUCAUUGGCUGACGGAUGUGUCCCCUUUGAUUCCUCUGCUUAAUAACGCGAGGUGUAACUUCACCAUGAAGACCGUGCCGUGGGCGAUGCCCUGGAUGACGUCUCUCAAUCUACGCUUCAGUCACAGCAACCAAACAGGAAACUACUCAGACAGACUGUACCCUUUCAUGGUAACCUCACUCUUCAAUGGGGGGACAUUUGACAAGGACUAUAACAGCAGAUAUCAGGAGAUUAAGUUUAAUCUUCCAGCUUCAACUAAAAAGGUGGAGUUAUAUGCCGUUAUCACAGCCCAUGGUUCUGACGAGAACUUCUGCGGUGAAUUCUGUGUGACAUCACAUCACUUCCUGAUCAACAGAGUCGUCAAUAACACACUUAUAUUUGAGUCAGCUGGAUCCGCGCUGGGCUGUGCCACACGGGUUCCUGAAGGGGCAGUGCCAAAUGAACAUGGCACCUGGUUAUAUGGCCGAGGAGGCUGGUGUGAUGGACUGCAGGUUGAGCCGUGGAGGACUGACAUCACCUCCCAGCUGGACAUGAGUGGAACUAAUUCUGUCCUUUACUUUGGACUCUAUGAGGGACGCAAUCCAAAUCCAAAGACUGACCCAGGGUACAUUAUUAUGUACUCCUAUCUUGUGUUUUAUAAAUGAUUUUACAAAUGGAAAAUAAAAAAGUAGUAUUUUUAAUUCUUAAAGGAAUAGUUCACCCAAAAAUGAACAUUUGCUGAUAAUUUACUCACCCUCAGGCCAUCCAAGAUGUAUCUGAGUUUCUUUCUUCAUCAAAACAGAAUUUAAGAAUUUUAGAUGAGAGGGAUGACGUAAGCUCGUUGGUAAGGUCACGCGUCACGUGGAGGAGGAGUCAGGAAGCGCGUCAUUGUUUACAUUGUUUUUUUUUAUUAUUAUUAUUUGGAAAUUUUAUUUGAUAUUGUUUUAAAAUUGUUUUGGACUGUUUUGGUUUGUGAACGGCGCUUGGUCUGUGCUCUAUGCAAGUUUCUAUUGUAAAUAAUGACGCGCUUCCUGACUCCUCCUCCACGUGACACGUGACCUUACCAACAAGCUUACGUCAUCCCUCUCAUGAGCGCACGUCACAGAGAUGUACGGAAGCGAACAUUUGUAGUUAAAAAGUAUGUAAGUAUUGUUUUGUUUCUCAAAAUAAUCAAUCGUUUGCACUCAGAAGAACUUUAUUUGUCGAUUGGAGCCAUGUGGAUUAUUUUGAUGCACCCUAAAUAUGCAUUUUGGACUGUCAAUAAAUGGAGUACAUUCACUUGCAUUGUUUAAAGGAGGAGGCCUGAAAUGAAAUCCUAAAAGUCUUAAAUUCUGUUUUGAUGAAGAAAGAAACUGAGAUACAUCUUGGAUGGCCUGAGGGUGAGUAAAUUAUCAGCAAAUUUUCAUUUUUGGGUGAACUAUUCCUUUAAUUACAUCUUUGACAGCAUCAAUCAUUCAUUUUCUUACAUUCAGAAUCACUUUAGUUUCAGUGGUUUGAUUUAUUUUAGUAUUGCAUCUGUUGUUGUUUUUUAUUAAAAGGUGAAGUAAUAAAAUUCAAUAAAUGUAAUAAAAAUGUUCCCUUCCCACGGCCAUUGAAAACUUGGAAAUAUCAGGGAAUUUUCAAACUGUGACUUAUUAUCAGAUUUUAAAUAUUUAAUUAGCUAAAAAUGAUUCUUUGUAAGUGCAGCUGCUAAUUAUCACAACUAUUUGUGAUAUUUAUCAUUUAUGCAUUUAUCACGAAUGACUCGAAAAUGUAUCAGCCAAAUGGUGUGGGAACCCUAAAAAAUGUCAAAUAAACAGUUUAUUACUGAGAUUAGCAAAA